AUGGCUGCGCAAGCGAAAGAGCCACAAAGUCAUCAAGGUUAUCUGCCUUUGAUUAACAAGGUCGACAAUGUCCCUCUGGACUUUGAUUUCAACACUCUCUACAAGCUCUUUCUCCCGAAUGAUGUCAGACCGCAUGGAUUCAUGAUUGCAAGCACGGUAGAGUGUCUUCCGUGGACCCCAGACUUCCACAUCGACCGUGAGAAGCGCACAGUACAGCUGCUCAGCUCCGCAAUCAAAGAUGACGAGAAUCCCGGCAAGGCGUACACAGCUGCCUUCCAGCGCGUCGUCGACGCCGCUAUCGCGUCUGAUUCUUUCCCCUCACUGAACAAACUCCACAGCGAGCACUUCAGGAUCAUCGGCGCGAACCACUUUGUCUCAAUUGAGCGAUUUCCGGCACCUCUGUUCGGAAUCUCGUCGCGCGGGGCACACAUGACGGCCUACGUCCAAACGAGCGAAGGGAUGAAGAUCUGGGUGCCCAGGCGGAGCGCGCACCUCUUCACCCUCCCGAACCUGCUCGACACCACUGUUGCGGGCGGUGUCAAGGCCGAGGAUUCACCCUUUGACUGCAUCAUCGCCGAGGCGACGGAGGAGGCGUCGCUGCCGGCAGCCUUUGUCAAGGAGAAUGCGCGGGCUGUUGGAGCAGUGACGUACUGCAGCUUGAACAAGCAAAAAGGAACGUUCUUCCCGACUGUUCUCUACGUCUACGAUCUUGAGCUGCCAGAGUCGAUUGUCCCUAAACCGGGCGAUGAUGAGGUUUCUGGGUUCGAAUUGAUGACGAGUGACCAGGUCAAGGAUGCCAUGCUGGGAGAGCAGUUCAAGCCCAACUGCGUUCUGGUCAUGCUCGACUUCUUCAUUCGCCACAACAUCAUGACGUCCGAGAAUAAUGACGAGUAUCUGGAGAUUGUCACUAGGAUGCGGCGGCAUCUUCCGGUACCGACUAGUCCGGAACGAAGAAGCUAG